GCAGUCUGGUUCGUUCGGUUCAUAACACUCAUAAUACACACGAAACACACACAGUCGAACACACUCGAAAUGGAUCAAAAAGGGGAAGCUAAACAGGAUCGCAGAUCGGACAGCAAGAUGGAAGAGCCGCACUUGUCGCUCCGCCUGAAGGAGCACUACGAGAAGGAGGCCGAAAUCCUGAGGCUGCUCUUGAAUCUGGAGAACCGAUUUCGGGAGUACUACAAAAUUUUCAUCUGCGAAAUGAAGGCCCAGCGGAUACUAAUCGAACGGAUAUGGCUUCUGACCCAGCGGUAUCUGAUCCUGAUCAGUUCCGAGCAGGGCUGUCGUUAUCCGGAGGUCUACACCCUGUCGACCGAGGAGGCCAUCGUGAAUGAGUACGAGGAGAAGCUGGAAGUUAUCCGCGCCUCCAAUAACAAAUUGAAGAAAGCCGUGUUAAAGAUAUUGGUAGAGUGCAAGGAAUUCUACGACGUCUACGAUAGUCUUGACAAGACCCAGUCGACGCCCUUCAUCUUGGGUGAUAAGAGCCACCGAAGCAUUCAGUACCACAAGAUAAUGGUCGUUGACAUCUUCAACUACUUCCAUGCCAUGGUGUUGAAACUGAAGUGCUACAUGCAUCAGCUGGAUCCUGUCAACCUGGAGAGCGUCGAGGACUACCGGGAGAUGCUCCAAAACGAAGCCAUGUGCGAGGAGUUCGACGAGUAUCUGAAUGUGCGCUUCGUAUACUGCAACUGCCUGCUGCCGCGGCAAACCUGCCCCAUUUUGAAACUGAAGUGUUCACACCAAAACAUCAAAAAUUUGAAGUAUGUCAGUCGAAUCUAGUCAGUCGCCAAUUAUUACUCUACAAAAAUAAACAGAAGCCCCUCGGCGAUAACACCACUUGAA